AUGACCCUCCACACAAUCUGCACCCACCACACCCGCCGCCGUGAGCCCUGCGUUUUUGCCUCAGGCCCCUGGAUCGAAACCAUCACCGUUCCCGAAGCUCCCAAGGACAUCGUGGCCUGUUUCCGCACUCCCGGGGCUUGUAAUUGGAACCUGAAGAUUGUCGACCGCAUCGAGUUUGGCUAUUGCUCGUUAUGCCUGGGGAGAAUGGAGGGAAGGGAUGUCAAAAUCAACUUUUGGUUGACGUAUGAAGAGAGGCAGUGGGAGGGCACUCAAGAGACGGAAGAUGUUGGGAAUGUGUGGGGUUGUUUGGGAGGAGGCAGGAGGGGGUGGAUCAGCAGCAUGCUCAGGUCUUUCAGUUUAGCAGUUGAUCGCCCGCCUAUCGUGGGUCAACGACUCAACAUGCCGCCGGUGUAUCAUCUGAAGUGA